UCUGGAUGACCCUGCGAAGAGUUGCCAGACAAUCAUUUACAUUUAUAAGGGAAAUCUCCAUUUGUAAAGGUAUCUCCCUCUCUGUAUUGGGAAAAGGGGGGAUGAGCUCAUUUCUAGUAACUUAUCAAUGUGGAAGGUGAGGCCUUGGGGCUGCACAAUAACCUUACUCUUGUUUACUGUGCUUUAGUGGUAAUCUCCUGUAACUGACUCCCCCCACCCCCAAAAUCCUCCUUUGUCAUUGGCUGAACGUGGUAUUUAAGAUGAGAAUUUCUGCUAUUGUGUUGAGAAACGCAGUGUCCCUGCUUUCUCCCAUGUAUACAUGUUAUUAAACUUGGUAUUAUUUUCUCCUGCUAACCUGUCUCAUUAAUUAUUUGGCCAGCCAGAAGAACCUUAAGGGAAAGGGCAGAGGGAGAUUCUCCCUCUUCCCCCGACAGUCACAUUAAGCAAAUCAAUUAAACUCUAUAUGCUUUGUUUCACAUCAGAAAAAUGGGAAUGAUACAUGUAUUUCAAAAAGGCUUUUGUGAGGAUUAAAUGAGUUAAUAUGCAUAAAGAACUAAAAAAAAAGAAGUGUCCAGCGCCGGCCCAGUGGCAUAGCAGUUAAGUGCGCGCGCUCUGCUUUGGCAGCCCAGGGUUCGCAGGUUCAGAUCCCAGGUGCACACCAACGCACUGCUUGUCAAGCCAUGCUGUGGCAGCGUCCCAUAUAAAGUAGAGGAAAAUGGGCAUGGAUGUUAGCCCAGGGCCAAUCUUCCUCAGCAAAAAGAGGAGGAUUGGCAGCAGAUGUUAGUUCAGGGCUGAUCUUCCUCACAAAAACAAAAACAAGAAAAUGUGUCCAGCAAACAGCAAUUGCUUGUAAUUGCUGCGGAGCUAUUAUUAUCUAAAAUGUGGAGCUGCUCCUUGCUACAGUUUCCUGUGUCACAGAACACUACUCCUCUUUGGAUGCCUUAUUGUAUUCACUCCUCCCAAUCAUCUUAUAUGGUAACUGUUAUCUUCAUUUCACAGGGGAGGCACCUGAAACUCACAGAGGUUCAGGAACUCGCCCAAGGCCAUACAGCUGGUCGGUGGGAUUUGUACCUGGAUCUGCUCUACUCCAGAGACUGACCCUUAAGAACCACUCUGUGCUACCUCUCUGGGUAAAUCCCACCGAGACCCUCCAAAGUAACACCUCUACCCCAUCCUCUCGCUCCAGGUUCCCACCAGCAUCAAGGACCUGCCAGUCUGAGAAACUGCCUGUCACAAGGCCAUCACCAAGAGGCCACCUGCCCCUGUGUUGCCAGUCCCCAGCAUGCAGGAAACCAUAACAACACCAACAAUGUCAGCCCCUAGCCGGUCCUCAGUCUCCACCCAGGACCGGUCCUCUGCUACAGGCCACGCUUCAAGCACAGACCCGCAGCCCUCAAAGCCCUCAGUGGCCCCACCCCCCGGGAAGUCCAAGGGCCCAAAUUCUGGGGCCAGUGUACGUCGGAUGCGCAGGAUCAUCGCUGAGGAUGCUGAGUGGUCACUGGCCAUUGUGCCCCUCCUCAGAGAGCUCUGCAUUCAGCACAUCGUCAAGAACUUCCAGAACAACCCUAUCCUGAAGCAGCUGCCCCCAGAGGACCAGCAGAAGGUCCUGAACCACCUGUCGCCUGACCUGCCACUGGCUGUGACUGCCAACCUGAUCGAUGAUGAGGGCUACUGGAGCCGUUGCUGCAUGCAGCGCUGGCCUGUGUGCUACGUGGCCAAGUAUGGCGGCAGCUGGAAGCGCAUGUUCUUCGAACGGCACCUGGAGAACCUGCUAAAGUACUUCAUCCCAGGCACCACGGACCCCGCAGUGAUCCUCGACCUGCUGCCGCUCUGCAGGAACUACGUGCGCAGGAUCCAUGUGGAUCAGUUCCUUCCUCCCGUGCAGCUGCUGCCCCGGCCGCGGAGUGGGGAACAGUCCGACUCGGGCAGCGAGGGAGAGAUGGAGGAGCCUGCCAUGGACCACUACCAACUGGGUGACCUGGUGGCUGGCCUGAGCCAUCUGGAGGAGCUGGACCUGGUGUACGGUGUCAAGGACUGUGGCAUGAACUUUGAGUGGAACCUCUUCCUCUUCACCUACCACGACUGCCACUCCCUGGCGGCCACCAUCAAGGCAUGCCACACCCUCAAGAUCUUCAGGCUGACCCGAAGCAAGGUGGACGACGACAAGGCACGCAUUCUAAUUCGCAGCCUCCUGGACCAUCCAGCCCUAGAGGAGCUGGACCUGUCACACAACCUCAUCGGGGACCGUGGCGGGCGUGCCGCCGCCAAGCUGCUGAGCCACAGCCGCCUGCGUGUGCUCAACCUGGCCAACAACCAGGUGCGUGCACCUGGGGCCCAGUCGCUGGCUCACGCCCUGGCACACAACACCAACCUCAUUUCCCUCAACCUGCGCCUCAACUGCAUUGAGGAUGAGGGCGGCCAGGCGCUUGCCCAUGCCUUGCAGACCAACAAGUGCCUCACCACGCUGCACCUCGGUGGCAAUGAGCUGUCUGAGCCCACCGCCACGCUCCUCUCCCAGGUGCUUGCCAUCAACACCACGCUCACCAGCAUCAACCUGUCCUGCAACCACAUUGGGCUGGAUGGCGGGAAGCAGCUCCUGGAAGGCAUGUCAGACAACAGGACCCUCCUGGAGUUUGACUUGCGCCUGUCAGACGUAUCCCAGGAGAGCGAGUACCUCAUUGGCCAGGCCCUCUGUGCCAACCGUGAAGCAGCCCGCCAACGGGCCUUGAAUCCCAGCCACUUCAUGUCGCCAAUCACUGCCAAGGGCCCUGAGAACCCUGUGGGAUAAUAUGGGGGACAGGGCUGGGGCAGUGCCCCAUCGCUCACUUUGUGCGCCUGCCCUGCCUGCUGCAGACUAUCCCACUGGUCCAGAGGGAGGGGGAGGAGGAGACCACGAAUAUGCUGGGGUGAGUGAUCAAGGGUUGUGUGGAUAAAGAUGU